GUGCCUCGCUCCGCAUAAAACCAAGAGUUCACCAGCCUCCGAACCAAUAAUGUUCAGUCAACAGCCACUCCACACUCGAAACCCAGAUCAUAGAUUCAGUGAUCGGCGCCAUCUAGUCUUGAGAUCCAAUCAAAAUGGGCGGUAAGGGAGUCAAUUAUGAUUCUUCAAGUUCGAAUCUUUGGCUGUCCUCAAAUCCAAGCAAGAGGUGGGGCGAAUUGUUCUUCCUUCUCUACACUCCCUUCUGGCUCACCCUCUGCCUCGGCAUUGUCAUCCCUUACAAGCUCUACGAGAGCUUUACAGAAUUGGAGUAUUUGCUUUUGGGAUUGGUUUCAGCUGUGCCUUCUUUCUUGAUACCAACGCUAGUUGUUGGAAAGGCUGAUAGCAGUUUAUGUUGGAAGGAUCGCUACUGGGUGAAGGCCAGUAUCUGGAUAAUAAUCUUCAGCUAUGUAGGGAAUUAUUUUUGGACCCAUUAUUUCUUCACAGUUUUAGGAGCUUCAUAUACCUUCCCAUCAUGGAAGAUGAAUAAUGUACCACAUACAACUUUUCUUCUCACUCAUGUGUGCUUCCUAUUUUAUCAUGUAACAUCAAACAUAACACUUCGCAGACUACAGCAUUUUGUUGCUGACUUUCCAGAGAAAAGCCAGUGGGUUAUCAAGGCAGCUUGGAUCUUCUCUCUUUCUUAUUUCAUAGCUUACUUGGAGACAUUAGCUAUUUCCAAUUUCCCUUAUUAUGAAUUUGUGGACCGAGCAUCCAUGUAUAAAGUUGGCUCCUUGUUUUAUGCAAUUUAUUUCUUCGUAAGCUUCCCCAUGUUUUUGAGGAUUGACGAGAAACCUGGCGAUCCAUGGGACAUACCCAGAGUGGCCGUUGAUGCGUUGGGUGCUGCGAUGCUUGUAACUAUAAUCCUCGACUUAUGGCGCAUCUUUCUUGGACCCAUCAUUCCCAUUCCAGAUACAAAACAAUGCCUUCAACCAGGACUGCCAUGGUUUCCUGGACAUAUUCAGGCUUGAGCCGACUGCGGCAGAACAAGGACAUACGUAGAGGACCACAGUGUCGCUGCAACCGGAUUCUGCAUUUUCUGUUGUUCGCCUUGUAAGGUUAGCUGUAUUAGAUUAGGUCAUUGUUGUAGCUGUACACUUUCAAAUUCACCAAGGGUUUCCAUUGUGCCUUUCUGUCCGAACAGAUAGGAUAAUAGAUACCAUUGUGAUCGUCUCCCUACAACUUGGUUUUGUAUCCUUAUACUUGAUGAUCAUGAACUUGCUGCCACUGAUGAUCCCUCAAAUGGUAAAUACCAUACCAUACCAAUUUGGCAAAAGGAAAUAAGAGAGUGAUUUAGACAGAAAAUAA